AUGUUGAUAAAUGGUGUUAUUUUGAACUGGAAGGUUAUGCAGAUGACUUACAGAAAAAGUAUAAGUAUAGGAAAAGAAAUUAAGUUUGAUAUAUACAUUAAACAUGAUGUUGUUAUAGGUGAUGGUGGUUUUGUCAAUCUUCCUAAGUAUAUAGAAGAAGCUGAACCUGUUAAGAAUAGCAGUUGUAAGGGGAAGGAAAAGGUGGUUGAAAGUGAAGUUUCUGAUGAUGUGGAAGUUGAUGAUGGUGGAUAUAGUUCUGAUGAAGAUUGUGAUGUUAGAGGAGACAAGUUUGAUGACAGUGAAGAAGAUAAAGCUUUAGGACUGGAGGAUGGGUUUGGUUUAGCUGAUUCUAAUAAUUUCAUGAUUGAAGGUCCAAGUACUACUCUCCCUAAUACAAGAAAUGAAGAUGAAGUGUUAUUAGAUGAGGUUGAAAUAGAUGUUGAUUAUGAAAGUGAUUCCCUUGGCAGCUCUGACCCUGAUGAUUCUGAUGAGGAAAAAGGUCCAAGAUAUGAAAAGUUUAGGAUGGAACAGCUUAACAAAAAAUUUAAGUUCAAGGUUGGCAUUGAGUUUAAGUCCCUAGAUGAGUUCAAGGAAGCCCUUACUGAGUGGAAUGAAUUAAAUGGGUGGGAGUUUAAGAUGGUGAAAAAUGACAAUGAAAGGGUUAGGGCAGUUUGCAAUAACAAAUUGAAAAAAUGUAAUUAUGUUGCUUUAUGUAGUCAAGUGGGUGGCCAACACACGUAUAGGAUUAAAACAUGGAGUGGGGACCACACAUGUGGUAGGGAUGGAUAUAAUAGAUCUGCUACGUCCAAGUGGGUUACAAAAGUACAACUUCCAAAUAUAACGUGUACUGAGAAAAUAAGUGUAAAAGACAUCAUGAAAUACACGAGAAGGAACCAAGGAGUGGGAGUCACCUUCUACAUGGCCUAGAGAGCAAAGAAGAGGGCAAAUGAUAUUAUUGAAGGUGAGGCUGCAAAACAGUAUACACUGUUAUGGAGGUAUGCAGUUCAGUUAAUGAGGGUUUCAGAAGGUAACUCUAUCAAAAUAAACAUUGAAAGACCACUACCAACAAUUCAACCAAGAUUUGGAUCAUUUUACUUCUGCUUUGAAGGACGUAAAAAGGGUUUUUAAGUGGGUGCAUACCAUUCAUAGGAAUAGAUGGGUGUCACUUGAAGACUUAGUAUGGUGGUCACCUUUUGAUAGCAGUUGGUAGGGAUGCAAAUGAUCAAUAUUACCCUUUAGCUUUUGGGGUUGUUGAAGUGGAGAAUAAGGAAUCUUGGAGAUGGUUUCUGACACUGUUACUUGAAGAUAUUAGAGUUGAUAAGAUAUUGGGCAAGACAUGUGGCCAGUUGUUGAUGCUGAGGAAAUGUUGCCACCAGCAUACAAGAAAGGUCCAAGAAGACCAAAAAAACUGAGAAGAAGGGAACUUGAUGAACCUGAGCCCAAACAUCAUAAGAGGCAAGUGGGUAAGUACAGAUGCACCAAAUGUGGUGACUUUGGCCAUAACAACCGAUCCUGCAAGAGUACUACCAUUAAUCCAGAAGCUCAGAAAAGAAAGAGGAAACCAUCAAGAAAUGCAAGGAGGUCUGCUCAAGUUAAUGCUGAAGUUGGUCAUGUUCAUGCACCUCUAGAAGUUAAUGUUCAACCUCUACCUGCUAUUGUCAAUGAUGCAAAAAAACUGCACCAACUGCUGUUUAACAUGCUACUGCACCUGCAUCAAUUGGUGUAAAUGCACCAUUUAAGCCACCAAACAAG